AUGCGAUGCCGUCGACCUGCUGCCCCCGAUGCCUCGAGCGUCUCCCGCUUCCAUGAGGCUCUCCACCACGGGCGUGUGGACGCCGCGCGUCGUAUGAUCCACCAGAACCCGUCGCUGGCCAACGCGCGCGCGUCCUCGAGCCCCCACUUGACGUCGCUCAUGGUCUCCUCUAGCACCAAGUUACCCCCGUUAAAGCAUAUUCUAACUCUGAUCAAAUUAUUACUCGCCAAGGGGGCAUUGCUCCGGACCAAGGACGACCAUCGACGGACCAUUCUAAUGGCAGUUUGUGCUGCUGGAGCCCACCCACAUGUGGUCAAGUGUCUAUUGGACCACGACAGCAUCAACGCAAACCAUAGAGUUUUACUAUGGAGUGACCAAGACGAUCAGGGGCGGACUGCACUCGGACUCGCGUGUUCAAACGGCCACGGACGACUGGCGUCCUAUAUUUUGGACCUUUUGAGCCCAGACGAAGAAGUUGGACUCAAUACGCCACUGCACGCCCUCCAUUUCGCCAUCCAGAGCCGAGACGAACGGUGUGUGCUGGAUUUACUACGCAACAGGAAGCUGCGCUGGGUGAUCCGAGAGAACCGACGGGAGGAGAAGCUGCUCGUUCAUGGAGAGUGGAACCAGACCCACAGUCAGAGAGAUGAUGUUGAAGAGGUGACAGUCUCCAGUUGCGUGGCUGCCGCGGUAAAGCAGGAGAUGGUUCACGUGGUGAUGGAGAUGCAUCGUUUGAAUCGACGGUGUGUGGGCCACGCCACGUGGUUCGCGUUGUGUAGUGAGGAGAGUGCUUGCAGACAAGGGAAGACGCCUGAGCUGGUGCAGAGAUUCACGCGAGUCAGACCGGAAUUUGAAGGCAUUGCAGAUCUCCAUCGACGAGACUGCGUCUGGGAGCGCAUACAGCUCGUGUUUCUGGUGCGAUAUGCUCCGGAACGGAGUGGGAGGUUGAGGGCGAGUCGGCAGCUGAAUAUCGUGGCCGAGCUGCCUGACAGUUUGUUUCGGAUUGUGGCCGAGUUUGUAAAGCCGCAGUUUGACGACGCCGAGGAGGCACAGAAGGAGAGGUUCAAGUCCGUGCUGGACCUGUCGUCGUGGUAA